AUGGCAUUACCAUUUUUACCAGGAAAUGUGUUUAACAACAGGAUUGGCAAGGAGAAAUUUCACAAGUCCCAUUACUUUGACAAAAGCGUGGGUGCAGUUGAUUUUUGUUAUGAUAACAAACCGGGAAUUGGCGGUGAGCCAUUACCAGGUCAGAGGGUUGAACCACCCAAAAGCAAGUUUCCCAAUGACUGUGGAUCAGGUGGUCCUCCUUGGAUCACAUUUGAUAAGCAGGUCCUUUGCUUCGAAGCCUACUUUCAACAGGCGGUUCAUGAAAGCCGUUUUGAACAAUAUCGUGUAAGAAGAUGUCAAGUCCUUUUCUACUUGGAAGAUGACACAAUCCAAGUCACGGAGCCUCGUACUCUAAAUUCUGCACUUCCGCAAGGCACAAUUGUGAGGCGCCAUCGAAUUCGCAAACCGCCGCCUUACGAGGACUGCUUCUACACUGUGGAGGACUUUAACGUAGGCAUUGAUCUGGAGCUUUAUGGACGUGUCUACCGCCUAGUAGCGUGCGACAAAUUCACUACCAACUUUUUGCGCAAACUCGGUGUAAAAGUAAACGAAGCAGAGCCCAUUCCUGAUGAUCCCUACACAAUGCACCGUAAAUCGGUGAAACGCGUUGAUACACUGCGUCAAUUUCUCAAUCACGAUAGACAAGUCUUGCGUUUCUUUUGUGUCUGGGACGACACCAACGCCCUUUACGGCGAUGUUCGUGAUUUUGUACUUAACUACUUCUUGGGUGAUGAUACUAUCGAGAUACACGAGAAAAUCACCGCCAAUUCGGGCCGUGAAGCUGUACCUUACUUUCUGCGGCGCCAGAAACUGCCUAAAGGUGUUCCACCACUACCUCUGCCAGGAGCCGUCAGUAAUCAAACUAUUCUAAACACUAUGGGUACCGUACAAACCAGUUGCAGUCACAUGCUGGACAGCAUAAAGGUGGGCAUUCAGCAACCUGACUACUACACAGACGCAGAUCUCACCUUGGGCGCUGUACUGAAUGUAUAUGGGAGGAAAUUCUUAAUUUGUGAUUGUGAUGAAUUCACAAAGGAGUUUUACAGAAAAAAAUACGGCGUCAAGACCUUUACUCCGGUGGCUCCUCCACGAAGUGAGUGUGAUUAUACAGUGAAACGGGAGAAUCCGCCUUACAAUGGUUGGGGCUCGGACGAGGACUCAUUGGCCAACUGCUACAAUCUCAUUCCACGUCCGCCAAAGAAAAUGUUCGAAGUAAACUGCAGCGUGGAAAUCCUCCGAUUCGCAGCACAUAUUGUUGCAGGUGUGGAUGAUGACGAUGGAAACUGUGGUAAUGGAGGAAACACUCGAAAACGCGCAUUUAUCAUCUCCUGCUUCUUGCGUGACAACACCUUCAUGGUAUACGAACCACCUGUCACAAAUUCUGGCUAUAAAGGUGGAAAGUUCAUGGAGCGGCGCCGAGUUUUGAAACCCGGGCAGCCCAUAUUCCGCACGAAUUUGCCAAGCUACUACGGGCCCUCCGACAUCUAUAUCGGUGGCCAGGUUGUCUUCAACAACUUUGUAUUUGAAAUUUACGGCGCUGAUGAACAUACGCUAAAGUACAUGGAGGCUCAUCCUGCCGAAUUUCCAUAUGCUGAUCCACAGGCUGUGCUGCGACGUCUGCGUCCGCUUGUAGAUGGUCGAGAGGAGACGAUCCGUCGUUUAGCCUCGGGAGCUGAUCCCAGUGGAAGUGGAAUCGUUGAUUUUGGUAAAUUCGGGUGUUUUCUGCGGGAAUUGGUGAAGGAUUCGGGUGUGGAAUCGGUGUGUGUGGUCCAGCAUGAGGCUGUGACAUUGGCGCGUUUUUAUGCUCUCAAAGUACCGAAAGAGACCAACUACAUGGCGGUCGUGGGAAUGGCUCAACAGCAACUUCGAAAAGUCUCAUUUGAAGCCUUCCAAGAAAUACUUGAUGCAUGUCGAUAUGAGGACCUGGAGGCCACUGGCGUCAUAGAUGAGGCUAUUUUGCGUCGAAUUUGCAAAGCCAAUCACUUGCCCCUACCUGACGAUAUAAUACAGACUAUAAUGGAAAUAUCGCAAAACUACGACAACGGAAUGGUGUAUUAUGAGAAUUUCGUUAACCAACUGAAUUGGUGCUGCAAUCCCGUGCCUCCGGGCGCAGUCCCCUGCGAUUACUCAGGCAACCUCGAAGUCGACUGGCCAGCGUUUAUGAAAACUUAUAAGGAAGAGAAGAAGGGAGGCGAAUGCAUCAGCUCAUUUGACUCUUUCAGUGUGGAGAAGGUUAGACUAGGCGCCUUUGUUGAAGACCUAACCAACAUUGCUAAGUGCUAA